UCUGAAAAAAGGGAAAGAAAGAAUAGAAAAUAUAAGUGAAUCGUAUUAAUCAGAAAUCUCAGUGGCUCUUGUUUUCAUAUUUCUUCUCCCUGGCGAUUUGGGUUUUCUGGUGGUUAGGGUUUCUACUCCUUGUUUCUUUCUUAACCCGUUUGCGAUAAGGAAGCAAUAAGUGUUCAAGAUAUUUGUAAAACAUCUGGCAUUUUAAUCAAGAUCAUAGGUUGAAGAAAAUGGAGGAUAAUCAGUCCUCGUCGUCGAGAAUGAUUCAACAUGACAUGCAUUUGGCCUCAAGAAAAGCGGAAGAAACUGCACUGAGGCGAUACCAAGCUGCAGGAUGGCUAGAGAGCUUUAUUGGACCAGUAAGUGGAUUAUCAUCGUCAAAGCAUCCAUCAGAGGUUGAAUUUGUAUCAUGUUUGAAGAAUGGUCUUGUUCUUUGUAAUCUAAUUAACAAGAUUCAACCGGGUUCAGUUCCCAAGGUAAUAGAAAGCAGUUCAUCAACAUCACUUCAAUCUAAAUCAGAUGGUGGUGUUCAGCCAUUGCUUGCUUAUCAGUACUUUGAGAAUGUUCGUAAUUUCCUAGUGGCAGUAAAGGAACUAAAUCUCCCUGCUUUUGAAGCUUCAGAUCUCGAAAUGGUUUCACUUGUGGGUGGAUCAAGUGCUAAGAUUGUUGAUUGUGUUUUAGCACUUAAAGGGUAUCAUGAAUGGAAGCAGUGGAAAGGAGACACAAGUGGAUUUCAUAAGCAUACUUAUGCCGCUCUUUCUUCUAGAUCACCAAUGACUCUUUUAGCUGGUAAUGCUAAGAACCUGUCACACACUGCUCCUGGAACUCCCUCGGGCCCUCGUCGGCAGCUGGACAUGUCGUCAUUUGUUAUCAAUGAUGAAACAUCAUCUACAGAAGCUCAAAACCGCAGGACAGAUGAAGAUUUACUAGUCGGGGGACUUGCUCAGUGCCUCGUCAACAUGAAGGAGAAUGUCGAUCAGAAUCUUUUGAAUUCCUUUCAUCAUGGAAAUCUGGACUCUGUGAAGUUAUUUAGCCAGAUAAUGCCAAACUAUUUGCAGGAACACCAAGUCGAUCAAGUACCUGAGGAAUGCAUGAAUGCGGGUAAGUACAAACGCCAGCUUUUACUGAAAGCACAAGAAAGAGAACUUAUGGAUCUCAAGAAACUGUUGACAAGUACAAAGAAGGAAGUUGAAAUCUUACAGGUGCAAUUUCAGAGUGAUCUAGAACAAAUAGGAAGUCAAGUACAGGAGCUUGCAUCUACUGCUCUUGGGUAUGGGAGGGUUGUCAAAGAAAACAGGGAUCUGUAUAAUAUGGUUCAGGAUUUAAAAGGAAAUAUUAGAGUCUACUGUCGAGUUAAGCCUUCUUUUAGUAGUGAAGCAAAAACUGUGAUUGACUUCAUUGGGAAUGAUGGAUCUCUGACGGUAGUAGAUCCAUUAAAAUCCCAAAAUGAUGGGAGAAAAGGUUUUCAGUUCAACCGUGUAUUUGGUCCCAGUGCUUCUCAAGAGGAGGUAUAUAAUGACACCCAGCCACUAAUUCGGUCGGUCAUGGAUGGGUACAAUGUCUGUAUUUUUGCCUAUGGCCAGACGGGGUCUGGAAAAACACAUACUAUGUGUGGCCCAAGUGGCUCAUCUGCUACCGACAUGGGUGUCAACUGUCGAGCCCUGAAUAAUCUAUUUAACAUAUCAUACUCGAGGAAAGAUACGAUGAAUUAUGAACUGCGAGUUCAGAUGGUGGAGAUUUACAAUGAGCAAGUACGAGACCUUCUUACAGAAGACUCAACAAAUAAGAAAUUAGAGAUAGGAAACUGUAUCAGCAACGGAAAGUCGAGUCUACCAGAUGCCACCAUUCACCUUGUUUUGUCCACUGAGGAUAUCCUUAAUCUGAUGAAACUUGGUGAGAAGAAUCGUGCCAUUAGUUCCACAAGUAUGAACAUUCAAAGCAGCAGGUCCCACAGUGUCUUGACAGUUCAUGUGCAAGGAAAAGAUACUUCAGGAAGCUUUCUUCAUAGCUGCCUGCAUUUGGUAGACCUUGCAGGAAGCGAGAGAGUUGAUAAAUCAGAAGUUACAGGAGAGAGACUGAAGGAGGCACAAUAUAUUAACAAGUCUCUUUCCUGCUUGGGAGAUGUGAUAAUGGCACUAGCUCAAAAAAACUCUCACAUCCCUUACAGGAACAGCAAGCUCACUCAACUGUUGCAGAGCUCUUUAGGAGGACAUGCAAAGACAUUAAUGUUUGCUCAUGUGAAUCCAGAAGCUGAAUCUUUGGGGGAAACUAUUAGUACACUGAAGUUCGCGCAGCGGGUUUCUACCGUUGAACUUGGUGCUGCUCGCUUAAACAAAGAAGAUAAUGAGGUUCGAGAACUCAGAAAACAGGUUGAGAUCCUGAAGGCGUCACUAGCAAGGAAAGAAGAACAGACUGUAAAACAUAAUCAAGUAAAGGAACUGGGAUCCCCACGGCAAAUGAUACCAAAAGUAAUGACCGAAAAUACUCCGCCACGAUCUCGACGAUUAAGCAUCGAGAGUUGUACUGCUGUGAAGACAGAGACGUUUACAAAUUCAGAAAACAGGAAAAGGUUGGAAAAAUCAGUUGCUAAAACGAAAGUAAUGACCGAAAAUACUCCGCCACGAUCUCGACGAUUAAGCAUUGAGAGUUGUACUGCUAUGAAGACAGAGAAAGUUACAAAUUCAGAAAACAAGAAAGGGUUCGAGAAAACAGUAGCAAAACCGAAACCUGGAAUCGAGUGUACUCCUAAGCGUUUUCGAAGAUUAAGUUUGGAAGGGCCAGCCUAUGUGAAGGACCUGCAGUUUAAAAGUUCAGAAAAAGAAGUUUGUGCUACCAUUCAGUGUCAACAAAAUAGAGAAACAAACAGUAAAGGCAGAGAUGAAACGUCCCCGACAGAGGGUUGUCACCUUAAUUUUUCUGCUUCACGGAGUCUCACCAGUGGGACUUUCAAGAAAGACGUCAAGGAAAGCACUCAUCCUGUCCAACACCUACUAAAGACACCUGAGCGUGCAACAUGUGGAAAAACUGUGGUUCAAAUUGCUACCCCGAGUGAUUUUGGUUUUUCCACCAGUAAGUAUCAGACUCCCAAUGUUGCUAGUGGUGCUAGUAGAAAACCGUCGCAAAUAAGGAAGUCACUUCAGACCAUUGGAAAGUUUAUCAGUGGCUCUGAGAGAAGGAACCAUCAAGAGUAUCAAAAAGAAAUACAGUUACCCAGCCAUGGGAAUGUCAAUGUGGAUAAUAUGAAGUCACCUUCAAUUGCUAGCAGCAGACCACUGAGGAGGCAAUCACUAACCAGCGCCCAGAUUUCAGGAAUGUCUCGAAGAUCUUCUCUUGGUGGGAAGUCAGAUGACCCAUUUGCAAAUGAGACACGGAGGAAUGCAGUGACACCUCCACCAAUGCAUAAGGAUAAGAGGUGGUUAUAGUAUUGUAGAGAUCUUUUGACUGCUGAAGGACUAAACCAGUGUUAGACAUCUGCGGCUUGAGCAUUUAGGCAAUGUCAUGCUGACAUUUUGGUGAUGACCAGCUGGAGAUAGCCGGAGUCUAGUCUGGUUCACAACUGUGUAUAUGUAGUAGGUUUCAUGAUUUAUAUUGGAGCAUAAAUCAGAGCAUUUUUGUAUUUAGGGAUGUUACAUUAGUUAAUGAAAGGUAUAAGGUUCAAUCCUGAAAAUUGGAUUAUCUCUUAUUGUAAGCAGAUAUCAUACAGUGCUAAGGUUUUUGUUGUUCAAAGAUAAUAAUAAUACCAUUAAUUGUGCAAACAUCUAUACGCUACUAGUUGGUGUGCUUAGUGAUUACAUACUUCUUCUCAAGUAGGCACUUACAUUAGCAACUUAAUAACCAAGUUCAUAAUAUGGGAGAGGCAGAUAUCAUUCAUAUACUAUUGAUUUUCAUUCCUUGAAAUUCGAACAUCGAAGAUAAUGCGACCUUUUUUCCUUCCUGCAGUCUCAUCCAACUCCAUUAGACAGGUAUCACCCAACUUUAACUCAUUUGACACUGCAAAUUCACUCCAACCAUCACGAAGACACAUGUGCUUGGGAUUACAAAGUUUGAUGGGCCACGCCUUGUUUUGCUUACGAUCUCUAAGGAUGAUUGUACUCCCACAGUGCUCUUCCAGAUUGUUACUCCUUACAAAUUGUCAAGGAAUGUUC